GUUAGAAAUAAAAAGAUGCUCCUUCCUUACCUGCAGCUGGUGGAGCACAUCAUCCGCCUCCGAGAGGAGCUGGACAGAGAACGGGAGGAGAGGAGCUACUUCCAGCUAGAGAGGGAUAAGCUCCAUGCCGUGUGGGAGAUCUGCAAGAGGAAGCAGGAGGAGAUAGAGGCAGAGCUGAGGAACAGCACCUGGAAGAAUAAGGAGGCUGAGGAGCGCCACCGAGUGGAGAUAAAUGUCUACAAGCAGAAGUUGAAGCAUGUCCUGUCUGAGCAGCACAACGCCGUCUUUGAGGUGAAGGCGGAUGCCAUCUCUUCUUCCUUGCUGCUCCAGAACCAGGGCAGCAAAUCUGAGCUGGAAGUCCUGAACCUGCAGGCAGAGAGCAGGGAGAAAAAGUUUGAGGAGCACAACUCCAUCAAGCAGCUGAAGCUGAAACACCAGGAGGAGCUGAUUAAGCUCAGCCAAAAGUACAAGUGUAAGAUUCAAGAGAUCGAGACAAGGUCCUUCAAGAGGAUGCGCUCUCUGAUAGAGACAGAGGAGAAGAAGAGGAGGUCAGCAAUCCUUGAUAUGGAGGAGCAGAUGAGGAGUCGCGUUGAGUCUCUGAGGGAGGAGCAUGACCGAGCUCUGGGGAAAGGAGAACAGUACUUCUCUCAAAUUCUACAGAAACAGCAGGAGGACCUGAACAAGUGGAAGGAGGAGGUGAAGAAGCUGCAGAAGGAGAAGGCGAAGCACAAAAAAGAUCUGACAGCAUGUCAACAAGAGAAGCAGAAUCUGAAGGAGACGCUGCAGGAGGUCCAACAGAGGAGCUCCGAGCUGCACAGACAGCUGCAGGAAAGCAAUAGCUGCAAAGACUUCAUGGAGAAGUACAAAGCAGAGAAGAAGCAGUUUUUAAACAACCUCAGAGAGGUGAAGGUGGAGAAGGAGCUGCUCUUGCAGGCCUUCGAGAAGCUCCAACAGGAGCGUGACGAGUUGCUGGAGACACAUAAGGAGAGCAUCCUGGGUGUCCAGCAGAGGAGCGGCCUGAAGAAGCAGCUGGUCCAAAGGAAGCUGGCUGCACUGACAGAAACUCUGGAGAAGGAGGCUCAGCUUAGAGUCAGCGGCGCACAGCAAUGCCACCAAUAAGCCCGA